CCGCCUGGAGCUAGGUCAGGCGGACUGGGCAAGAAGCAGUCCUCAGCCUUGAGCCAUCUUCCCAAGCAAGAUGGGUGGCAGGCAGUGCAUGGGGAGAGCCAGGCCUGGGCUGGGGGUUAUGUGGAAACUGGAGUCUGGGGGACCAGAUUGAUUCUUGCUGUGAAGUUUAAAUGUCCAGAUGUGGUCUGUUUCCCCGGGCAGCUCUACAGACAUGGAUGUGUUCCAGAAGGUAGAGAAGAUCGGAGAGGGUACCUACGGGGUGGUCUACAAGGCCAGGAACAAAGUGACUGGGCAGCUUGUGGCCCUCAAGAAGAUCAGGCUGGAUCCGGAGACUGAGGGGGUUCCCAGCACUGCCGUCAGGGAGAUCUCCCUGCUGAAAGAAUUGAAGCACCCCAAUAUUAUCAAACUGCUGGAUGUGGUCCACAGAGAGAAGAAGCUGUACAUGGUAUUUGAGUUCCUCACUCAGGACCUGAAGAAGCACAUGGACUCCUCCCCCACCUCAGAGCUCCCUCUGCCUGUUGUCAAGAGCUACCUCUCCCAGUUGCUGCACGGGGUGAGUUUCUGCCACGCCCACCGGGUCAUUCACCGAGACCUGAAGCCGCAGAACCUGCUCCUCGAUGAGUUCGGGGCCAUCAAACUGGCCGACUUUGGACUGGCUCGGGCUUUCGGGGUUCCCCUGCGCACCUAUACCCACGAGGUGGUGACCCUGUGGUACCGUGCCCCCGAGAUCCUCUUGGGCAGCAAGUUUUAUUCAACAGCUGUGGACAUCUGGAGCAUUGGUUGCAUCUUUGCAGAGAUGGUCACUGGCAAAGCUCUGUUUCCUGGCGAUUCAGAGAUCGACCAGCUCUUUCGGAUCUUUCGAACCCUGGGGACCCCCAGUGAAGCCACAUGGCCAGGAGUCUCCCAGAUGCCCGACUAUCAGAGUAGCUUCCCCAAAUGGAACAGGAAGGAGCUGGAGGAAAUCGUGCCUAGUCUGGGACCAGAAGGCAAAGACCUGCUCCUGCAACUCCUGCAGUAUGACCCCAGCCAGCGGAUCUCGGCCAAGACUGCCCUGGCCCAUCCCUACUUCUCUACUGGGCACUCCCUAGCACCCCAACAAUGUACAGCUGAGCGUUUCUCCCACUGAGAACACGUAUGUGGGGCCCACCACCUCACACCCUCACCAGCUGCCUCCCACCCUGCCUUUCUGGGGAGAACAGACCCUGAGGGGCUUUGGUUCGUGUCACCUACAGGUUGGCAAGUUCCUGUAUUGUUUGUCGGGUUUAAUGGAGCCCUUUAAAAAGGCAUGCAGGUGCUCCCUGCUAAGGCACGGGGUGCAGAACUCUGAGACCCCAGCCCAUCGCCUUCACUGUGCAGCUGCAGAGCAUGGCCCCUGAGAGAGGGUGCCCUCUGCUGGACUUGAUUUUGUUUUAGGCUGUUGGGAGAAUUGAAUUCCAGUCCAGAAGACCUAGUUAAACAUGAGGGGCAGGGCAGUUCUCAGAUUCUAGGAGUGGUUACAGCACCUGAGGGCGUUCUAAGUAGUCGCACGUCAUAGGCAGUUGAUGUCCUUUCCUUGUGACACA